AUGAAGCUUCAUUCUUUUUAGAUUUUAUUCGUGGAAGGGGUUGAGAAUGCGUGUGCAAUGAUGUUAUUGAUAAGUCAUGCCGAAUAGAAUGCUACUUGGUGUAGACUUAGUAUGCUUGAGAAACUUUUUAUAAUUGAUUAUAAACUAAAAAUUAAUUUUGGGAAGAAACCUUGAUAAAUUGUUUAUGCGUACUAAAAUAGAUUAUAAGAAAAUAGAAGUCGAUUCAAACAUCUUAACAGAGAAAGAGAAAACAUGGCGGAAAAGAAAAUUUCUUACCAAAUAUGAUAAACAAGAAAAUUAUAAAGGGUUAAAUAAGAUUUUGGUCCCUGUAUAAUAUGCUAAGUUUGAAAAUGAUCCCUCCUCAGAGCAAAGUUUGAAUUCAGCCCCUAUUGUUUUAGAAAUUACCUAGUUUUAGUCCCUGCAAGAGGUGGUGGUCCAAUGACCUUUGCCACAUGGCUUCAUCGAUCCUACGCGUAAUUGCCACAUGACUUCACCAAUCUUGUCGGGUUAUGUUAAUUAGUUAGUGGCAAAGGUCACUGGACCGUCACCUCUGACAUGGACCAAAUUCCCAAAACUAAGUAGUUUCUCAAACAUUAGGGACUGAACUUAAACUUUAUUCCAAAGAGAGAUCCUUUUCAAACUUAUUGUAUUAUAAGGGACCAAAACAUUAUUUAACCCCAUUAUAUAUUCACAACAUGGGGAAAUUAUUGCUAAAUUUUGUUCUAACUUCCUAACCAUGUGUUAUGUCAAAGCAUCCCUUUUCCUUCCAUUCUUCAACUCUAAGGAAUUAUUUUAAUGUCUCAUCUUAGACACCAGCAUGGAGAUGCUCAAUGCUCUAACCUUACACUAACCUCAAAAUAUUUCUAAUCACAUUAGAUGAAUUCACUAUAUCCAAAAUAUAGCACUUUUAGCAAUUGGCAUAAAUAUAGCGUCCCUAAAAGAGGGGAAAUACUACAAAUAUAGCAUGCGGUGAACAUGCAACGUUCCCUUGCUCACCUCACCUCACCUCACCAUUCCCUUGCGCAGCCAUGAUAAUUCCUCUAAAUUUUCUCCAUCUUCUUCUCCUACCAACACAAUCCAAACCAAACGGAAUAAUAUCAAUCAACCCCAACAAACACCAUUACCAUGAUCCACGACAUUCCACUUCUACAUUCUUGAAAACAAUCACAAACCAUGAAUACAGAGUCACACAAAACUCAAGACCAACACGAAAAACUAGAACAAGAACAAGAAGAAGAGGAAGAAGAAAACCGGUUACUACAAUCCGAAUGCGAGACAAUCCCACUCUCCUCUCCCCUCUCAUCACCAUUAACCCCGGAGGAUGGAGAUGCAGAGGAUUUCGUCUAUGCGGACAAGGACAAGGUCCGGAUAUUCGACCUGGAGUCCGCCGCCGGAGGCGGCGGCUCCAGCUCCACGGCGGUGCCGCCGUUUUCUUGGAAGAAGCUGUGGCUGUUCACGGGGCCGGGGCUGCUGAUGAGUGUGGCGUUCUUGGACCCUGGGAACCUGGAAGGGGACCUGCAGGCUGGUGCAAUUGCAGGGUACUCGCUACUUUGGCUGUUGAUGUGGUCGACCAUCAUGGGGCUAUUGAUACAGCUUCUGUCGGCGAGGCUUGGCGUGGCGACGGGGCGGCACCUGGCGGAGCUGUGCAGGGAGGAGUAUUCCAAUUGGGCUAGGUUGGUGCUGUGGUUCCUGGCUGAGGUGGCUCUCAUUGCUGCUGAUAUUCAAGAGGUUAUUGGCAGUGCUAUUGCUAUCAAGAUUCUUAGCCAUGGGGUUCUUCCCAUUUGGGCUGGUGUGAUCAUCACAGCCUUUGAUUGUUUCUUCUUUCUGUUUCUCGAGAAUUAUGGAGUGAGGAAGUUGGAAGGAGUUUUCGCGGUUUUCAUCGGAACCAUGGCCUUUUCUUUUGCAUGGAUGUUCUUUGAUACAAAGCCAAGUGAAGAAGAACUUGUGAUGGGUCUUUUGAUCCCAAGAGUUAGCUCAAAGACACUUCGCCAGGCUGUGGAAAUUGUGGGUUGUGUCAUAACCCCACAUAAUGUAUUCCUCCAUUCUGCUUUGGUACAAUCAAGGGACGUUGAUAUCCGUAACAAAAGCCAGGUUCAAGAGGCUCUGAAUUACUACUCAAUUGAGUCCUCAGCUGCACUUUUAGUCACCUUGGUGAUCAAUCUAUGUGUGAUAACUGUUUUUGCUCGGGUGUUCUAUGGUACAGAACAGGCCAAGGGCAUAGGAUUAGUAAAUGCAGGACAAUAUCUUGAGGAGAGGUAUGGAGGAGGGUUGUUUCCAAUUCUGUAUAUAUGGGGUAUUGGUUUGUUAGCAGCUGGACAAAGUAGCACCAUCACUGGCACUUAUGCUGGACAGUUUAUAACAGAGGGAUUUCUGAAGCUCAAUAUUAAGAAGUGGUUGAGGGCAUUGAUCACUAGAAGUUGUGCAAUUGUUCCAACUAUGAUAGUGUCAAUUGUUUUCAAUACAUCAGAAGGUUCAUUGGAUACCUUGAAUGAAUGGCUUAAUGUGCUGCAAUCAAUACAGAUUCCUUUUGCACUUAUCCCCCUUCUUACUUUGGUGUCCAAGGAGGAGGUCAUGGGGACUUUCAGAAUAGGGCCUAUAGUAGAGAGGGUGUCUUGGACUGUGGCUGUGCUGGUAAUUGUGCUUUAUGGAUAUAUGUUAUUAGAUUUCUUCCUCUCUGAAGUGAAGGGACUGUUGUUUGGUUUUUUGGUCUGCCUUGGUGCUGCAGCCUGGAUUGCAUUUAUUGUAUAUCUUGUUAACCAUAGUGGUGCUGUUGCUUCUAUGCUGGCGAGGUCCCCUAAUUCCAAAGGCUUUUUUUGUCUUUCUGAAAACUAGGCUAGAAAUUUCUUUUCCUUUUUUAGGCAUACAAAGUAAAGACAUGUUGCUGCAAGUUCCAUGUGGCCAAUUUCGAAGGAGGGUCAUUGAUAUCAUAAAGGAAAGCACUCUUUCAACCGAACCGUCUCUGAACUUGGAAAAAGAGUGCGAGCCUGAAAGAAGUCAUACUAUUACAUUGUAUUCUUUUGCAACUGAGAACUUACCCUUCAUGCACCAAAGAUGAUAGUAUCAUCAUUACCAUGAAAGAUGGCCACAAAGAUCAUUAUGUAAAUAUCAUGUAAGAAACUUUUCCUAGUUAAGCUCUAUGUAAGAUUCUUUUGUACAGAAAUUAGAAUAAACUACUUGAGUAUGAGUUGAAUCAGCUUAGGAUGUAUAGCGUG